UAAAAAAAAAACUAAAAAUGAUUAAAGUUUUGAAGCUGAAUAAAUGUCCAGAUAUCCGUUGAUGAAUGUCUACAUGCAGCAUGUCUUGCAACUCCUGUGCAGAUUGUGUGAAGAUCAAGGAAUGAGGGCGUCAGAUUUUCCUCUGUAAUACCAUCACCCCUAAAGACAGUUUGAAAUCGGCGUGUGAAUCUCCUCACACACAGAGUAAAUAAAACCAUACAGCUGCCUAAGGCAAUUCUCAAUCAUCUAUACAUCCUGUGUCCCUAAAAGGAUCAAUGUUUCCUGCUCUUUCUGAAGGCCCUUUGUAUGAAGACAGAUCAAGAAAUGUCUCUUUUAUGGUCUUAAGGCAUAUUGAAAAAAGAUUAUAUUUUAUAGUUUCACAAUAUCAUAAUAGGAAAUUACAAUUAGUGUCUAACACUGAGCCUGAUGUCAAAUGUACUUUGACAUUUGUAAGUUUCUCAAAUGACAAGAAAGUAAAAUAAAUGUUAAAUCUCAGAGGCUAAUCUCUGCAUCAAACAGACACACACACACACACACACACAGGAACCAGAGAAGAUCAAGAGGUUAUGUGUUGGCAGGCCGGAGCCAGCACCCUGUUGAAAUGGGUUGUUUGAUCAUUGCAUGGGGGUGACUUGCCCGUCCUCACUGACCAGCCGCUCUGAUAGCACCCGAGAAUGGAAUGCAGCGCCUGGAGAGGUCUCUGUGCUGUGUCUCCAGAUAUAUCUGUAUUGUUUGAUUGUUUUUAUUGUUUGUAAUAUUUGUGGGGAUAUAAAUACUAGUUAAAGACAUUUGUAGGUCUCGUGUGGAUCCUCUCUCAUCAACCAACUCACCUGAGUUAGAGGUUAGCUUACCUCGACAUGACGUAGACAGAUAACAAAGGGAGACACAGAGAACAGGACUUCUGAAUCUGACAACGGAGAAUGGCUCAAGCAUCCGGUAAAAUCUUUAAAGCUAAAUUUUACGCGUUUUAACCUUUAGGCAGAAACAUAGGGACUUUUUUCAUUCUUUGCAGUGACUCUAAACGGAGGGCUGAACCUUCAAGCAGAGGAGUCUGGUAAGUACAGGUCUACAUUAUGUAUUUUUAAUACUGAAAUAUCUAAAAGACUUUUAUUUCCUGAUUAUAAGUUAUAUCUUUCAGAGUCAUCCACUGAUACCUCAACAUCCAAGACCUCAUCUGAUACUGACUCCUCAUCUGUGCUUUCAGAGGACGUGGUAUUACCCGAUCUGUGGGGCGAUUUGGACCAAUAUUUCCAAGAAGGGCUAUGCCAUCAUCACCGCCACAGGAUGACACAACCGGGCAUGCCUCAGACCGUCAAAACAUUAUACAUUCUCUAGAGGCUGCCCGGUUAACCGGAGGAGAUCCAGGGGAUGCAAUACCGCAUCAAAAUUUUGAAGAACAACCGCCAUUUCACCGGGAGUCUGUCUCAACCGCUAAUCAGCCGCUGAUGGCCGCAGAGAGGUCUAGACCUCAACCAGCGGACAGAGAUCCAGGAUUCUCAUCGGGUCGCAACAACAGGAGAACCAGUUCCAGUUCUGAGAAUCCACACCUGAGAUCCCGCGGGGCUUCCAGCGAAGGACAUCCAUCGGCACGCUGUGAAAGUCCCACAUUGACUUCUGCUCGUGUCCCACAGAGGGGAAGGAAACAAGGCAGGGAGGUGGAUGAGGAUGGAGGUUCUGAACCCCGUGAGGAUUGGAGUUUAGAUAUAGAUGAUCAGAGCACAGGACCAAGCCUGGCUAAAAGACUCCCACAGAAGAAAAGAGGAAAAAAGAAGGCGGUGGUGAAAGAAAGAGAAGGACCCAAAGUACAGUUGAAGAGGCCAUGGAGUGAAGCAGAGAGGACUGCUGUCAACAAACAGUUGGGAAAGUUUAUGGCAGAGCGGCGAGUUCCAGGUAAAGAGGACUGCGUCAAAUGCAUAACACAAGAGAAAUCCUUGGAUCAAAAAUCCUGGAAGGAUGUUAAAAACUUUGUGUAUAACACAAUUGUGACUCUUAAUCGAAGAUCAGCGUCACAGAAACUUCAGUUCUGAAGACUUCAUUUUGCAUUAUAAUUUCUGUGUUCUACUUUUAAUGUCUGGUUGAGCCAGUAGUUGGCAUGUUUGAACAUUGUUAGUUUUCUAAUGCCGUUUGGUUAACAGUGGUGGAAUGUAACUAUGCACAUAUGUUCAAGUACUGUACUUGCGGAUACAGUUCAAAUUCGAGGUACUUGUACUUUAAUUGAGUAUUUCCAUUUUUUAUGGAAUUUAUACUUCUACACCAUUACAUUUCAGAGGCAAAUAUUAUACUUUUUACUUCACUACAUUUGUCUGACAGUUUUAGUCACUUUGCAGAUUAGAAUUUUUCAUACACUUCUUGUCCAGUGAAAAGCAUGUGUCUCCAGACAUGUUGAUUUGGAAUGUGAAUUUUUCUGAUAAACUGGAGGAUUACGCGUUUUUCUGAGCAGUAGUAGUUAACAAUUAGCACAGCCAUUUUUCCUCAGAAUGAUUACUUUUACUUUUGAUACCUAAAGUACAUUUUGCUAAU